UCGGCACUUGUCAAUUUGACACUCAAGCUGGAGCUCAGUCUCAUUGGGUCGGAUCCCAAGACGAAUCAGGAUGACCACCACCACCUCCUCUUCCACCGCCGCCGCCUCCUCCUCCUCCCUCACUUCCGCUCCAUUCCGAGCCUCCCCGCUCUUCUUUCACCCUUUACCAGCAUCUCAUGUGCCUUUACCUGGGAAAGAAGCGCAUGGAAGUUAUAUGCUCCAGGUGCCGUGGUCCAAGACGUCAGGAUGGGGUCAAGCGAAGAUCGUGCCCCGGGCCGAUAUCUCGAUCGACCCGCUCAGUGGUGUCACGCAAUAUGCAGUGACUUGUUUCGAGGGGAUGAAGUGCUACAAGACUGAGUCUGGCGAAUUGACACUCUUUCGACCCAACGAGAACUUCAACAGGUUCAAAGUCUCAGCUGCAAGGAUGGGUCUACCUAGUGACUGGGACAAUGCUGAGCUACUGGAUCUCUUGUGCAAGCUGCUCGCUUUGGAAGCCCCCAUCGUACCCUCAGAGGACGGGGCCUCCCUGUACAUCCGCCCAACGCUCAUCGAGACGUCCGAAUCCUUCGGAAUCAAAGAAGAUGGCAAUGCAGGCGAAGCGCUCAUGUACAUCGUCACGACGCUUAACCUUGGCAAGGGCCUCUACGCGAGUUCAGAAAAGGCAGAAACCGGUCUCAGAGUCGAUGCGGAUCCGAACUAUGUCAGAGCUUGGUCGAACGGUACGGGGAAAUACAAGGUUGGAGCGAAUUAUGGCGUCGUCAAUAUUGCCAAGAAGCCAGGUUUCCAAAUGUCUUUAUGGCUCCAUGGCUCAGAAGAUUUCGUCUCCGAGGCGGGCGCGAUGAACGUCUUCAUUCUCAAAGAGGCCAGCGAUGGAGUCCUCGAAUUCGUGACCAUGUCCCUGGACAACGGGAUCGUCUUACCCGGUAUCACCCGUGCCUCCAUCAUCUCCCUCUUGAAGGACCAUGCGUCUGGGAAGAAGGAGUUCCCACUGGAAGGUGUUCCGAAGAAUAUCCGAGUGGUCGAGAGGGAUAUUCCCAUGAAGGAUAUCAUGGACGGUGCUGAGGAUGGAAGUCUGAAAGGUAUGUUCGGCUGUGGGACUGGCGUCGUUGUCGUCUCUAUACGAGAGAUCCAGUACCGUGGUCGACUCAUUUCUAUCCCUUAUCAUCCCGUCGUCAAGAUUCUCCGGGAUACCAUCACGGGCAUUCAGCGUGGACGUAUAGAGAAAGAGGAUUGGGUCGUCAAAGUACCCAAAUGGCAGGGUGUGGUCAAUGGAGAGAAGGAGGCGGAGGGUCAAAAAGUCAUUGCGUAGGGGACGACAAUAGGACCAACAAGGUGGUGCGAGGUCUGGUCGAAAGAGGCUUUGGGCAGCACAGCGCGCGCGGCAUGGCUGAUGCGCGGGCAUCUGAUAGAAUUGGGAUUGUAGUUUCCACCUUGGGAAUACGCAUCGAUCCGUCUUUGAACCAUUGCAUGGGAUCUAUCUGAUGAGCUCAAGUCCAAGCGCCAUUCACCCGACCCAUGAUAUCAUCCCAGGAUAGAUAGCCGACAUUCGGGUUCAUCGGACCGAAAGUGAACAAAUCAAAAUGCCCGAAUUUUUCCUUUUAUCUUAUCGCCGCUGAUCGGGCAAAAAAUCCCUCGGUCACCCCUUUGUUGAUCGUGGAGAAGCGGUCGAGUGGGCAGCAAAUCCUGCUUCAAGUCUGCUUCUGCUGCUGC